CCCAGUUGAUCAGGAGAAACAUGGCCUACUCUGCAAAGCCUUCUCACCUUCUUCUCUUUGUUUUCUUUCUCUCAUCACUUGAAUGCAUUCUUGCAACAACACGAGAAGGAGAAGCUCUUGUGAAGUGGAAGAAUAGCCUAGCCCCUUCUUCUUUUCUCGACUCUUGGUCACUCACCAAUCUCGAUAAUCUUUGUAAUUGGACUGGCAUUACUUGUAACUCUGCAGGUUCAGUCUCUAAGAUUAACCUUUUUGAGAAACAACUUGAUGGAAUGUUGUCCGAGUUUGGUUUCACUUCAUUUCCAAAUCUCAACAAUCUCACCCUUGCAAACAACUUCUUCUCGGGUCCAAUACCGCCAGCCAUUGAGAAUUUAACACAGCUUCAAUAUCUUGAUUUGAGAAAUAAUUAUCUAGAUGGUCCCAUUCCGUUCCAGGUUAGCCAUCUUCAGAGCUUGCUCAUCUUAAACCUGUCACAGAAUGCAUUGCAAGCUCCAAAUUGGUCCCAUUUCUCUCCCAUGCCUUUCUUGCGCAUCCUCAACCUCAGUUACAAUCCUCUUGCGUCGAAAUUCCCAUAUUUUAUAUCCAAUUCUCAUAGCCUGACUCACCUUAGCCUUAAUUAUAACGAGUUUACUGGUGAUUUAGUACGUGAAUCAGUAUUUGCCAAUCUGCAUAAUCUUGAAGUCCUCAGUCUUGUUGGCAAUUCUUUUGAGGGGUCAUUUCCGCCAGAUAUAUUCAAGCUUUCCAAAUUAAAACGUCUUGCCCUGUCAAGUAACAAAUUUUCAGGUUCAAUUCCCAAUGACUUAAGGUUGCUUCAUGAUCUUGAAUCCCUGUAUUUAGGCAACAAUUCCUUUGAAGGACCGCUUCCACCAAAUAUAUUCAAGCUUUCAAAAUUAAAAAAUCUUGUUAUUUGGAGUAAUAAGUUUUCAGGUUCUGUUUCCAAUGAUAUAGGUUUGCUUUCUGAGCUUGAAACCCUCGAUCUUAACUCUAAUUUUUUUGAGGGGCCGCUUCCGCCAAAUGUAUUCAAGCUCUCCAAACUAAGGUUUCUUCACCUCUGGGGUAAUAACUUUUCAGGUUCUAUUUCCAAUAAUAUAGGUUUGCUUUCUGAGCUUGAAACCCUCGAUCUUAACUCUAAUUUUUUUGAGGGGCCGCUUCCGCCAAAUGUAUUCAAGCUCUCCAAACUAAAGUUUUUUGCCCUUCGUGAGAAUAACUUUUCAGGUUUUAUUUCUAAGGAUAUAGGUUUGCUUUCCCAACUUGAAAGCCUCUAUCUUGGCUCUAAUUUUUUUGAGGGGCCGCUUCCCCCACAUAUAUUUAGGCUCUCCAAAUUAAGAGAUCUGGACCUCUCAGACAAUAGAAAUUUAUUUGAAGGAAGUAUUCCUAUUGGACUGGGACUCUUGACUAAUUUCAGCUUCUUAGAUCUAAAUUCCAAUAAUCUCGGUGGCUAUAUUCCAUCUGACAUUGGAAACCUGAAGCUACUAGUAUAUCUUGAUCUCAGUUCUAAUCAAUUGACUGGACAGCUUUCAAAGAUCAUUUCUAAUCUCACAAAUCUUAUAAGUCUUGAUGUAAGUUAUAAUAGUUUUAGUGGAAAUAUUCAGAGUGACUUGUGGAACUUCCCUAAGGAAUAUAACAAUCAUCCAACUUUGGAAUACAUCGCUUUUAAGUGGGAACCAUUUUACAGGUGAGCUUCCAACAACAAUUUGCAAUGUCACUUCCCUUUCAAUUCUUGAUUUGUCAAAUAAUGAAUUAAGUGGUGAACUUCCAAACUGUUUCGGGAAUCUUGCUGAUGGAUUGCUUUACAUUAAUCUUGCUAAUAAUCAGUUUCGAGGAACAAUACCAACUACUUUCUCCAGGAGUUGUCAGCUGACAUGCAUAUCUAAACAUGGAUAAUAAUGAGUUUGAAGGAUUGAUGCCCCCAUCUUUGGCGAACUGUAAGCACUUGAAAAUUCUUGAUAUAGGCAAUAAUAAAAUAGGUGGUACAUUUCCGUCAUGGCUUUAUGCACUUGGAGAGCUAGAAGUUCUUGUCUUGCGAUCAAAUAAACUCUAUGGUACAAUAAGUGGAAGGAGCACAGAAGAUCCCUUCCCCAAGUUGCGGAUUAUGGAUUUGUCCAACAAUCAAUUCACAGGCCAUUUGCCAAUUCAAUACUUUAAGAAUAUGAAAUCAACUGAUAAUUUGUAUCGUUUUCAGAAUGUGACAGCAGUUUUUACUAUCCAUUAUGAAGCAGCAGUCUCAUUAACUGUGAAGGGAACAGAGUAUGAAGUGACAAAUAACCUUCAUAUUUACACAGCUAUUGAUCUGUCGUGCAACAAAUUUCAGGGUGAAAUUCCAAAAGUUAUUGGAGAGCUUAGAUGGCUUGCAUUGCUCAACUUAUCGCAUAAUAGUCUGACAGGACAUAUCCCGUCAUUGCUGAGAAAUAUGAAAGAACUCCAAUCUUUAGAUUUGUCCUCAAAUCAACUGACAGGGGCUAUUCCACCUCAGUUAACUGCACUGACAUUUCUAGAAGUCUUAAACCUCUCGGGAAACCAUCUUAGUGGAGAGAUUCCUCAGAAAGGACAAUUCAGCACAUUCAACAAUGAUUCUUAUCUAGGAAACUCCGCAUUAUGUGGAUCACCAUUGAUGAAGAAAUGUGCAAACACAGCAUCACCUCCACAAGAAGUCGGAAAUGGUGAUGAAGAUGAUGCUGGAGAUGAAUUGACAUGGGAAGCAAUCGUGAUGGGAUAUGGAUGUGGACUGAUAUGUGGAUUGUCAUCUGCAUACAUUGUUCUCAAACUAGGAAAGCCUUGGUGGUUUGUGAGAUAUAUCGAAGUGCUGCAACUGAAGUUGAUGAAAAGAUAUGCAUGAAGAAUGGUACUGGCCAAUCAAGACCAACUUGAAAGUUGUUGGACAUUUCUGAACCAGUAGUGUACUAUUCUCUUUGUGGCUGCAUAAGUUUUUGGUAUUGGUGUAAUAUUUUGUUUGGUCUUGAAUCAUAAUGAUUUUUCUUUUUUCAGGGGUAUUAAUAUAAACCUUGGUAUUGUGUAAUAUUCUGUUUGAUCAAUGUUUAUAUCAGUAAUUAUAUGCUCCUCACUGCA